GUCCACAACCGGGGGAAAAGGAUCUGCUAAUACUACAUCCCCUAACGUAAGGGCGCAAGAGGCAGGCGCAUUGCAUUGUGGUCGCCGAGAAAGAAAAAGAAACUACCCGGCGGUUCUCGACAGCCAACUACGACUAGAUUCAGCCUGGAUAAGACAUUCAAAGUUCAUUUGUUGGUGAUCUGUGACAGCCUACAAAGCAGCCAUGUCGUCGACAUCCCAAAAACACAAAGAGUUUGUCGCGGAGCCCAUGGGUGAAAAGCCAGUGAUGGCUCUUGCGGGCAUUGGAGAAGUCCUUGGCAAAAGACUGGAGGAGAAAGGUUUCGACAAGGCAUAUGUUGUCCUCGGGCAGUUUCUAGUGCUAAAGAAAGACGAGGAGCUUUUCCGGGACUGGCUGAAGGAUACUUGUGGGGCAAAUGCCAAACAACAAGGUGACUGCUUUGGCUGUCUUAAAGAAUGGUGUGACGCCUUCCUAUAAAGCAUUCAAUCAUUGUUUUCUACUUUUCAAGUCCAAACUGUAUAUUGCCUCUUCAGUGAUCUUGAUUCAAUUCAGCUACACCAUAUAUAUGAACUAACACUGUACACACUGGGGUUAUUGAAGUAAGCUUGUUUUUAAAUUAUACUGAAAGUUCUCCGUGUUUUUCCGAAAUCCUGCAACCCCAAAACAUAACUCAGACAUGCCCUUCUCGUGGUCUUUGACAUGCAGCUCCAGACUAGUAGUCAGCAAUUCUUUUGUUCUUUAAAUUCCCAUCAAAUUAGUAAGCCGAGUGGAGAAUGACAAAAUGUGACAGUUCUAUCUGACUGUAACAUUUACUUACUGUCAGUAGCCAUUUGUACUGCAGAUAUUUUGACUUCUCACUGAAGUAAAAGUACAAGCAUAACUAAUAACAUUAUUGGUGAUUUCUUUCCAUUUGGGUUUACCAUUGAGCCAGCAUGCACAUAAGCAGGGCGGUGACACCAAGAAACCUAAAUGCAGACUUUAUUAAUGUUAUUACCACUGUGUUUGACAAAUCAAAAUGUUAUGUGAAAAAAGCUGCUUAUAUUCAUAAUAUUCAUUCUGCCCACAAUCUUUGUAAUACUGCCUGUACUUUCUGUUUAAAGUGAACUCAAUGUUGCCAGUUUAUUCUUUGUUCAAACAUUUUAUCUUCAGAAAAACUUUGUGUUUCAGUUCAUGACACGUUUUUCUUUCUGUGUAAUGUGAUUAUUUACCAGCACGGUCAGAUUGACAUUUGUACUCUCUUACAACUCUUGGCCUUUCUGCCCUAUUCGGCUGUUUUUAAAGCCUUUGGAAAGUUGAUGUAAGCUGUAUUUUUUUAAAUAGCACACUAUAUCACAGUUUGGUAUCAUGUACUCUUAAAUCCACAGACAAUGUUUAAACGAUUUCUUGAAGAGGUGGAUUGUACGUUUGAAGUGUAUUGCAUUGCAUUGGAUGUGACUGAUUUAUGUGACACACAAAAGGUAAACCUCAAAAACUGGUGACACUGAUCUUUGCAGAGAGGAUUUAAAAAAAAAAAAAAUGUAAUUUAAACAUUUUGUCCUUUUAUCAUUUGAUCCUGGUAAUAAAAAGCAAAAUGGCCAGACUCCCACAUCUGGUCUGCUCAAAGCUUGUUUGACCCUGAAGAUGGAAAUGUAUAUAAAUAAAGAUGCCAAUGUAACAAACUCAAAA